AUGGCGGAAUGCAUCCCAUGUGAUCUCGGCACUUUUGCCAACAUAAGCGGAUCGACCGCCUGUCACAUCUGUGGUGAUGACGAUUUGUGGACCACGAGCCGACCCUUACUAAGAGAACAAGUAGAGAAGUGGGUCGAAGUGGCAGGGGCGACUUCACAAGCAAUGUGUAAUUGCAGAGAGGGUUCUCACCUUCAUGAAGGCCGCUGUGAGAUGUGCAGCUUGGGAACACGCUGCCCUGGCUCUGGCAGCUUGGAGCUGCUUCCAGGAUAUGCUUCGCUCGUGAACGAGCCAGGUCAGGUCUUCAAGUGCUAUGGAAACUCUUUGAGAUGUCCAGGCGGGCCCCCAGGAACUUGCGCAAAAGGAAGGGAUGCCGGCAGCCUGGCUUGCGGCAGCUGUCAGCAUCGUCUGCGUGCCACAGGCUCUGGCGAGUGCUCAUCAUGCGCCUCAGGUGACUAUGCCUUGUUGCUCACUGGAGGAUUGGUGCUGUUUGGAGGUACCGGCGGUUUCCAUGCGGUCCUCAAUGCGGGUCGCGAUGGAAAGCAAGAUGGCCGCCUACUAGUUGCCUCACUCAGCUUAAGCCAGCUGGUUACCUGCGCACAGGUGUUGUCUGUCAUUCACCAACUUGACAUCGAGUGGGGGGAGCCGUUCACUUGGUUUCUGCAAGCGUUAGACAUUCUUUCUCUUGAUGUCCUUCUCUCGACGUUGAGCUAUUUUGACUGCGUGGCUGAGCUGACGCCGACACUGCAAUUCUCUAUGGAGACCUUGGGCGUGCCCUUGCUCGCAGCACUGGGGCCGCUAUUGAUCCAUAUUUACCGCAAAAUGCGCAAAAGAAGGAGGCAUGCGAGGACGUACAUGCUUUGGAGAACGCUUGGGGUACUUGGGAUUCUGUUUUUUAUCACGUUCUGUAGCUCUCUGCUGGAGCCCUUUCGCUGCAACGAGCAUCCCAGCGGAGCGCGCACAGUGAGAACUUAUCACAACGUGCACUGCGACUUCGUUGGCAUGCAUCUGCAUCUUUGUCUCCUUGGUGGGGUAGUAUUUCUGCUUCCGCUGUCCUUCUUGGUGCUAUGUGCUUGGAUACUCUGGAUGGAGUUGCCAAGGCGCCUACACAGGGGCGAUAUGAAGUUCAUAAGGUCCUGCUCCUUCCUCUUCAUGAGGUUUCGGCCAGGAUGUGAGCAUUUUUGUGCAAUUUUCCUAUUCCGGAACGUGUUAAUUGUCAUCUCCCCUUUGCUUCCAUCAAUGUCCGGGGGGCUCGUCUUCUUGAAUUUGCUACUGUAUUGCAGCUUUUUCCUGGUGGCCUUCGGUAGACCUUGGCGGAUGCUUCAUUCGACAUACCUUGACUUAUUUAUUCAUGUGGGAUUGCUUUUGGUUCUGGAUAUGGGCACUCUUUUCACGCCACCCGUGGACAACAGAAUUGCCAUGGUGAUUUGCUCAGUAACGACAUCGUGCAUGGUGCUGGCAGCCAUCGUCUUGGCUGCAGCAGCCGUCUGGCAGCACUUUCUCGUGCAGCGCAAGCCGUUCUAUUUCUUCCUUUGUCAUCAUAAGAAAGCAGCAGGCAGCUUUGCACGCCUGCUAAAAAUUGAGCUGCUUCGCCGGAGCUCCAGCUUUACCUCCUUCAUCGAUGUCGACGACCUUUCUGACUUGAGCAAGCUGUUCUCGUAUGUUAGCCACGAUGUGGAGAAAUUGGUUUUAUUUGGCACUCCUGAUGUGUUGAAGCGAACAUGGUGUGUCGGUGAGCUAGUAGUAGCAAGGUUGCACAAAGUGCCGACCAUCCUGCUCAAGCUGCCGAACUUUUCCCAACCUGAUGAGGGUUUCUUACUUGCGUAUGACAGCCUGGUACCCGAUUUGGGUGAUUUUUCAAGUUAUGGCUUCGGAAUGAAGGAAGUCAAGGACACCUUGCGGUGGCUGGGUUCUGUCGAGACAAUCUCGCUGCCGAGCUAUUUGAGCAAGCAGGUACUGCAGCAUGUUGUCUCCUCUUUGACAAUGACCCGUGCGGCUCUCCCAAGCUCCGAGCAGACCUUUGACAACGGUUGUCUUGUAUUAGCUGACCCCGAGAACAUGGAUGCUACGGCAACUGCUUAUAUCCUGGCAGAGUUGACCGCCCGCGAGAUGAUGCACACAUCUGUGCCUGUGGUGCUCAGUGCUGAAGACAGAGUGGGCCCAACGAAGGUGGAUGUACUACACUUAAUUCUGGUGUGCACUGGGGGUUGUCUUGAAUCGAGCAAAAUUGCGGAAUGGCUGCUCCAGGCUCGAUUCAUAUCCACCUGCUUCAUAUCACCGGUGAUCUCGGACGACAGCUUCGAACUCCCGUCCAAGAUGAGUUACCAAAAUCUUGCCCGGCAUCCUUAUGCCGACACGCUUGACCUCGGCGCGUAUGUGCGCGUCUUGCAAGCCGUGUUUCUUGAGAUCGCGUUGCCUUUCUCACCACAAAGCUGCUCGGAAGCUGAGCUAAGACUGAGAGCCAAGCAGAUAUCUGCACGACUUCAUCCAGGAGCUGCGGUGCGCAAUCUCAGUUCUCGCUUGGUAAUGCUUGCAAGCAAUGAAGAGUUGAUCGAAGUAAGCCUGGCCUUGGCAGCUGACGCCAGCAGUGCAGACUCGGGCAGCCUCGGAGCGAAUAUUUCAGAUGCUGAUGAACUUGAGCUCCAGCGCAUGGUCUCCUCGAGGUUUUCCGACUUCACGGCAUCCUGCGAUGCAAUGCCCGUGGAAUCUGACACUGUUGAGGUGGCAUUUUAG